CAACUUUUUUCCCCUCUCUUGAAUAAUACUCCAAUGUUGGUGAGGCAGGAGUACCCGACUCCCGCGCCUUUCUUCGCGCGAUCACGGUUGCCCCAGCACUUGGGUUCCUGUACCUGUCAGUUGAUUUUCAAACACUCGGACUAUGAAACUGCGUUCCUUCGUAACCGCUAUUAUACUUCUUAAAAAUAUCUUCUGUAGCGUUAUUUAGUAGUGAUAUUUACAAAAAGUCAUUUGAUAUAUUUAUAAAAAUAUUGUGAAUAAAUACGUCUUGUAAAAUGUAGUGGUUAGUAAGUGCUUCAGUGAAUUUGGAAAUUUUCCAGUGGUUCCUUGGUUUAUUUAGAGCAUAAAAUUGCUUGCACGACCACUGGAAAUAAUUAUUCAACGUUUGGUUGCACGCGUAUUCCCGACUUUCCCCAAGAAUCUUUUUUUGAUUGUGCCCGAUUAGUUAUCAUACAUAAUUCUAUUCUCAUUUCUCCCUUCUUUGACCUCGCAAUCAAAAGCAUUUUUGCUGCUUUUAGUGUAACACUACCGCUCGAGUUAGACUUUAUUUACUUUCACUUGAAACCUUAAUAGACUUUCCUAUGCUUCGAUUAAGUUAUAUAAACCGUUUUGUACACUAAUUAUUGCUUAAUGAGCGUAAGAAUAUAAUGAAAUUCAAUACUAUGUGUUGAUAUAGUCGUGAAUUGACGUGGCAGCGGAAGAAUGUGGGCGAAAAAUGAACCUACAGAAUGCGAAACGGCUGUCAAGCUCAGCAAACUGCGGUGAUGGCUCCGCCUCACCUCAACGGCUCGGCACAGUUUAUUUCCGGCGGAUAUGUCGGCUAUGUUCCUCGUCAAUCCUGGAAUCAGUAUCAAGUUCCACAACAACAACAACAACAACAACAACAACAACAACAAAUGCAAACACAAGAGCGUCGUAUGACUGCAAGUAAUAGUGGAAAUAACAGACCUCUUUCACACCCUCCUCCACCACCUUCAACUACCCAACGAAGUGGCAAUCAGGGCCAAAAGAGCAAUUCUCUUCCGCGCACGCGUAUCGAUACGCACUCGAGAUCUUCUACACCGUCGAAGGUUGAUCCGGAGUUGAUAUUUACGAAACAAGAGAGAAUUGGAAAAGGUAGUUUUGGCGAGGUGUUCAAGGGAAUCGACAACAGAACUCAGCAGGUUGUGGCAAUAAAAAUAAUCGAUUUGGAAGAAGCCGAGGAUGAAAUUGAAGAUAUACAGCAGGAGAUUAUGGUGCUGUCGCAGUGCGACAGUCCUUACGUCACUAAAUACUAUGGAUCUUAUCUCAAAGGUACUAAGCUCUGGAUCAUUAUGGAAUACUUGGGUGGCGGUUCCACUUUGGAUCUCAUGAAGGCCAUGAAGACCGGAAGUUUCGAGGAAAUGCAUAUUGCCGUUAUCCUCCGUGAAGUUCUUAAAGGCUUGGACUAUCUUCAUAGCGAACGUAAAUUACAUCGUGAUAUUAAAGCAGCCAAUGUUUUGUUGAGUGAAAUGGGAGAUGUUAAACUAGCUGACUUUGGAGUUGCUGGACAGUUGACUAAUACAACGAGUAAAAGGAACACUUUUGUUGGAACGCCGUUUUGGAUGGCGCCGGAAGUCAUUAAACAAUCGGCCUAUGAUUCAAAGGCGGAUAUUUGGUCUUUGGGAAUCACAGCGAUAGAAUUAGCAAAAGGAGAACCACCAAACAGUGAGCUCCAUCCAAUGCGAGUUCUUUUUUUAAUUCCAAAAAACAACCCACCUCAAUUAACUGGAAACUACACAAAACAGUUUAAAGAAUUUGUGGAAGCUUGUUUAAAUAAAGAUCCAGAAAACAGGCCAACAGCUAAAGAACUUUUAAAGUUUCAAUUUAUUCGAAAAGCGAAGAAAAAUUCUUAUCUUAUUGAUUUAAUUGAUAGAUAUAAGAAAUGGAAGUCACAAAGAAGUGAAGAGUCUGAAACAGAAAGUGAAAAUUCGGAUUCAGAGGAGUCAAAGCAAGACAGUGAUAUGGAUGAACCAUGGAUAAUGACAGUAAAGGGUCCACAUGGUGCAAAAUCUUCCGUGCUACCAGUCUUGACGUCCCUGGAUGAACAACCGACCUCACUGAGUCAUACUCCUAAUCACAGAUCAGUUGGUCAUAGUCAAGAUGUCAAGGUUUACGCAAAUGGUGGUGCAGGGUCGCCACCAACGGCUUUAGUAAAAAAUCAUUAUAAAUGGUCGAGGGAAUCAUUCAGAGAAUUAAAAGCAAAACUUAAUACACCGUCGCGUCCUCAUGAAGCUGCACCACCACCUCCAGUAGACAUACGAGAAAAUCGAGAUAGCCAAGAAUUUCGAGAAUUUCGAGAUUCGAAGGAAAUCCGUGAUGGCAGAGAUCGUGAGAAUAAUUCUCGAGAAAAGAGAAAUAGUAAACCCGAUGUGCCUGUUGUUUCCAUGUCAGACCAUAGAUCAAACGAGGAUAAACAACGACCAAGGAGUUCUCAAGAGCCAAAACAUCCUCGAAGUGCGACGCUUACCUCUGUAAUCUACCCUUUACUCUCAGAACUUCAACGCAAGUAUCAAUAUUCAUCAAGGGACAAUAACGGAGACAACGUUGUAUCUAGAAAUGGAGGAGCGAUUGAUGAACUGAGAGGUGCCUUUGAAUUGGCUGAGCGUACGUCGCCAGGAAUUAAUGAAACUCUUGUUCGAGAGAUCCUCAAGGCCUUACUUCCAGCAAAUCACUCGGAAAGUAGACUCUCUAUGAUUAUGGAGAAAGUUACAUUAAGGGAUACGUAGGGACGGGAGAGAGCGAGAGUGCACAAGAAGCUGUGGUCCGAGUACAUAUUAACUCUAUAGAACUGAAGGCCGUUUUAAUUACUAAUCGGACAACGUUAACAGGUGCAGAAAAAAAUUUACCACAAGUGCACCUUGCGCUUCGAAAGAUUUUAAUGGAUCAAGAAUGGAAAAAAGCAAAAACAAAAAUAAUAAUAUUAAUAAUAAUAAUUGUGCCAGCGGUCUACCCGAAUUCCUGCCUAUUUAAAUCUGCCUCGAUUCGGUACAAUUGAUUCGAUGCAAAACUGCAAAUAAAAUGUUGAAGAGGGAAAGGAGAACUCGGGAAUAUUAAUCUAAACUGUGCCCGCAUUCUCAUUAAUUAUUAUUUCAUCAUGAGCGUAUGUGCACUUGAGAUUUUUAUUACCAACGGGAAAGGCUUUUUUGUGCGUGGGAAUUGUUUGAUUUUUUUUGUCACCACGCAAUUGUCACUUUGCACUCACGCGAUACGGCCAGGAGGAUACGAGGCACCAGUAUUACGUACACUGGAGGCCAUGUAAAUAUGUAUGUAGCUCAAUAAGAUAUACUUAUUGUUAUGGUCGACAUGUCGCCGACUGAUUUCCACACUUUCCGACAAGCAUUGUAGGUUGUGUUCCACAAAGAAGAUCCCUUUGCUGUUAAAGAAAUGUCGAACAAGAAAAUACCCCUAAUUAUUAUCCUUCCCGAUCGUUAUGAUUCCGAUAGUUUACUAAUUAUUUUGUGAAGAGAACGACAAUGCAUCUAUGCGGGCACAAGCGAAUAGAAAACAACAGGGUGAGAGUGUAGAAAUAUGGUCUUAUUUGUGAAUUGAAUUAUCUACUGUAGACAUUACUUAAACAAUGAUUAAAUUAAUUACAAAAAAAAAACAAUUAAAAAAUUAUUCAUGAAGUAGUAUUUACUGAUUAGAAAUGUAUGUAGAUGUUGAAGAAAGAUUUAUUGUCAUGAAUUUAUUAUUUAAUUUAUUUUUUAUUCGUAUCGUUAUUAUUAAAAGUAAACAUAACAAUUAAUAGUUCGAGUAUCAUAGACUAAUAAAUGAUUGUUAUUGAAAAAAUUAUUAUAACAAUUAAAUUAUUCGAAAUAAUUAGUGAAUGAUUUCCAAAUUUAUGUGAGUAGAUAAAUUUGAAAUAUCAUUAAUCCUGUAUUUUCAACAUUUCAUCUACCCUCUCACCCUUCACUUCAAAUUUCUACCCGCUUGUUAUCUCCUAAUCAUCAAAACAAUUGGGAUAGACUCAUAAAUUUGUUUUAUUUUUAUUCUAUUUUGUUGUAAGUUCAUUCUUUAUUAUAAAUUAAUAAUAACCAUAUUAUUGUUCCAACGGUUGGGUUCGUUUUUUUCUUUUAAAACUUGUAAAUUUAUAUUUGAAUAGUCAACAGAGUAAAAUUAUUUCUUAACAAAAAUUGUUUUUCCAUUUUAAACAACUCAUGGUUUUCAUAUAUUUUCAUUAAUUUCUAAAAAUUAUGAUGGAUUAUUGUAUUGUAAGUUUUUUAAUAUUAGAGUAUUAUUCAAGAGUGAUUGUGUAAAUCAGAAAAGCAGGGUCUGUCAAAUAAUUAAUGAAAAUAAGCAUCUGUUAUUAUUAAUAUUAUUUUUUAUAACUUCUCCGUGGCCAUCCAUGUUAUUGUUUUCUGAUGCUUAUGUUAGUUAUUCGUAUCACCAGACAAGGUUGGUCAAUGGUGAUGAAAUUACAGAUCGUGGAAAAAUAAAAAUUAAAUUCAAUACAAAA